AUGGACUGCUCUCACUACAGCAUCGGCCAGCUCAAGGCCCUUCGGGGUUCCAACCUGGAGUCUUGUUUUGGGCAGAAAUUGAUUGAGGAAGCCAAAAGAAACCAGGUUCUCGCCCACAUCAUGGGACGAAGAGUCCAUCACAAGAGCGGAAUGCAUUCUCUCUCUAGAGCCAACGCCGAGGCCAGAAAGUCCUCCUCCGCUGAGUCUGAUAGCACCAGCUUCGCCAAGUCCCGGGCCCCUCAGCCUGUUGCUCCGCCCCAAGAGCACUUCAUUCGCCAGACCAUGGUCCCGAGCAUGGUAGAAGCCACGCAGCUCGAUGGACAAGCCGGUCGCCAGCUCGACGGACAGGAUGCUGAGCCUGAGGUUCAGGCUCCCGAGGUACACUCUCAGCGAACAGUUCUCCCUGACCAGAAGCGGAAGGGCUUCGAGCAAUUCUACGAGGCCGUACGAUCUCCUACACACGUCCGCGUCACCGCUGGAGGAAGAAUCGUGCCCAACACCCUCGAUCCUGCUCACUCGCCUACCGGAAAGGGCAGCAAAGACAGACUCAAUGCAGAGAGCCAGCCCCAGUUCGGCCAGCAACCUCCUCUCAACGGCUUGCCGUUCUUGCCUGGCCAUCCAAUGCUUCCCAUGCAUCCUGCCUUCCUCAUGGCCCAGCCAGGAAUGGCUCCAGCAAUGCCUGGAGCAGCUUUGCCUCCUUCGUUCGGCGGCCAGUGGUUCUUUCCUCCGCCUCCCAUGAUGCCAAUGCCGUUCCCUGGCAAUCCGAUGCUUGGUCCUCUCAUGUACCAACAAGCCCCUCCGACUCCGAUGUCCGCUGGUGUCAUUCCAGGCGUCAUGCCCGGCGCCCUCCCUGUUUCCGGCGCGUUCGGAGCGCCGCCUCCCCAGUCUGCCACCCCCUCAUACCUGUCGUCCAUCCGGCCCAGUAUCAUCACCAAGAACCAGCUUGCAGGCCUGCGUUCUAGCCUCAAGAAAGCAGAGGCCCAGUUGGCUUACAACCGCCACCAAAUCGACGAGAGACACAUGGAAGAAUACGCACGUCAGCUUCGUGCCGAUAUCCAGCAUUUCGAGGUCAAGCUCAAGGGUGAACUCGCUCUGGAAACCCCGAAUGAACACUCAACGGAGGGCAAGAGCGACUCUUCCAACAACGGCAAAAGCGGUCCUAUCGACGACGUCAAGAGUGAGCCCGUCCUGUUCCAGGGCAAGGCCGAGCUCGCCCAGCCAGCCCAGACGAUUGGCAAGGAACACUCCAAGAGCAGCGAGAAGAAGAUUCGCAAGAAGGAUAGAGUUAGGCUCACCGUGGACACCUCCAUGCCUUUCAAGCCAUCGAUUUUGGCUUCUGCGGCCUUGGCUCCGGUCUUCCAGCCACGGGCCGAAGCAGAGAACCCUGCCCAGGCAAAGACUCAGCGGACAGCUUCAAUGCUGGGAGACAACAAGAAGGACACCUUCGGCGGCAGAUUCCAUGGACCAAUCCCGGUAAACUUUGAGGAAUCCAGUCGUUACCUGUCCAACGCGCCGCCCACGCCCGCUGAUGACAUCGAGACGUUUUCCAACUUCGCCCGCGAUAAUGCUGGGCUCGGCCUGCCCUACCUCAUUGGCGAAGUCCCCUUCGGAAUGGACCCCGGUCCCGACAUCCGUGACUACAUCUACCACCGUGCCCUCACCCAGGACGAAGAGAUGGCCAAGCAUCUUUUCUGGACCUCCGCCCCUGACCACCUGCGUGGAAAGUUUCCCAAGUUCGACGGCAAGGACUUCUACCCAAUCUCCCCGGAGAAACAACCUCGCCCCUCCAAGAACAGGGUCAGCAGAGUGCCCACGGGCAGACCCGCAGAGGAUUAUGGCUUCUCGAUGCCCACCGCAGACCUGGACCCUUUCGCCCCUCUGGAGCCCUACCGAGGUGACGUCUUCAGGACCGCAUCGGUCGGCCGGGAGCGCGACCUCAAGCGAGCCACCAAGUCCGACAAUGUGACUUCGCCCAUGAAGCACCGCAGCGGCAGCAAGCUUCGUCCCGUUGCCUACUUCAACAGCCAAGGUCUCGACGAGUCGAAGGAUAGCUCGGGCUCGUCCGAGAAUGUCGGAGAAACGGACUCGGAGCGAGCGUACUUCAACUCUUGCGUUCGUGCCUGGUCAGAGAGAGUUACGGCGACCGCAACCGCUCUUCCGGGGGCUGUCCACACGGAACACAUUGCCGGCUUCCUUCCUCGCAUCAGCAAUGGUGGUGCUACACUGUCCCCCGCCAUCGUCAAGGCCGCAGCACAAGCUUCCCGUCCCUCCCCCGCUAAGGCGACCGACGGCAGUAGCAUCAACUCGGCGUUCGAGCGGCUGGCCAUCUCAGCUGAUGGCCGAGCCGAAAACCAACCUCCCAACAGAUCCAUUUUGACCCCGACAGAUUGGAACACGACAAGCACCAUGUCGACUCCAACUCUUGCCGAGAAGCUGGACAAGAUCCGGUCACCCGGUCUUCAAAGCCAGAAGAGGACAGCGGUAGUCCUCGAGGCGGUCGACACGACGUUGAAGGAGCAGAACACCGAACCUACACCUACCGGUUACUUUGCCGCCCUUCUGGCACUCCUCACACAAGCAGUCGAGAGCGGUAACAUCUCAUCCGAAACGACCACCUCCGUUGUCUACCUUCUCGAUACCAUCACACCGUUUGCGCCUCAACCGCUUCUCCGCGCCAAGUUCACUCAGAUCCUCACCUCUCUCGCCCCCGUCCUCCUCCAACAAGAUGCCGAAGCCCUUCUUCUCAGAUCCUCCAUCGGCUGUCUGGAGUCGCUGCUUCUCGCGCAGGACUCCCACGCCUGGGAGCUCGGCGUGACCCAGAUCGGCCCCCGAAGAGCCGUCGCUGGCCUGCUCAACAUUUCCCUCGACCACCGUCCGAAGAUCCGCAAGAGGGCGCAAGAAGCCCUGCGCAAGGUUCUCACCAACCCGCCCCCGAGUCCUUCGCUCGACCACCCGGCCGCCGACAUGUGCGCGCACACCGCCCUGGCGAAUCUCGAGGACCUGGCCACCAAGGCCGCGCAGGCAAGGAAGCAGAAGAGCGGAGCCGAGUCGGCGCACGAUCCUGCCCUGAUCCACGCCCUUCAGCUCAUCAAGACCGUUGCGUCUUCCAGCGGAGGCUGGCCCAGCAAGAAGAUCGAGUCUCUGUGCGAGCUGCUCCUCGGAAUCUCCAGGUCAGGCAACGAGUACAUGACCAUGGCUUCUUUUGAAAUCUUUGAGAUGAUCUUCGAGGGCAUGGCUGGCGAGGUUGCCUCCGCCAAACUUCCGCGACUCAUGGAGAUUAUCUCGGAGCUGCGACCCGCCGCGAACGACACACAGCUUAUUCCGCCAUGGCUGGCCAUUCUCUCCAGAGGAUACGACGUUUCCGCCCAGCUCGAGCCCGAAGACGUCUUCCAAAACUUGCCCGAAAUCUUCUCAAUGGUCGCGCAAUUCCUGGAGUCUCCCGCCCACAACAUCCGCGUUUCCGCUUCCGAAUGCUUGGUUUCGUUCCUUGCGAACUGCAUCCCCAAGCAGGUUAUCCUCGAGCCGUCCAUCUACGACGAGAAGACAUUGGACAAGAUCGCCAAGAUUGCCGAGUCUCUCCUGAGCGUCAAGUACCAGCAAGCCUGGAUGGAGAGCUUCAACGUUUUUGGAGCCAUGUUCGACUCCCUUAGAUGGCGCGCCCACCCUAUGAUGCUUAACAUCACCAAGGCCGUCGGAGACCUUCGCGGCAGCGACUCUUUCCAGGGCAAGAAGGAAGCCGACGAGGUUAUUGGCAAGGCCGUUCGCGCCAUGGGCCCUGAGGCGGUCCUGUCGAUUCUUCCCCUGAACCUGGCCAAGCCCGUCAAGGGCCAGCAGGGCCGCGCGUGGAUGUUCCCUAUCCUUCGUGACUACGUUAGCAACACCGAACUCGCCCACUUCCGUCGUGAAAUGGUUCCUCUCAGUGAGCUCAUGUUCCAACGGGUCCUGGACCACGGCAAGGCAGAGAAGACCAUGGAGGUCAAGAUUUUCGAGACCCUCGUGCAGCAGAUCUGGGCCACCCUGCCCGGCUACUGCGACCUGCCUCUCGAUCUGACAGAGUCUUUCGACCAGGGCUUUGCUGAGCUCCUGGCCAACAUUCUGUACAAGCAGGUUGAGCUGCGACUGGAGGUCUGCCGCGCGCUCAAGAUUCUCGUCGAGUCCAACCAGGCGAUCGCUGCCAUCGAGGACGCGGAAGAGGACCUUGUCCUCCAGAGCCGUGUGUCGAAGGCGACGGCGAAGAAGAACCUCGAGCAUUUGGGCAGCUUCGCUGGCAACAUGCUGGCUGUUCUCUUCAACGUCUACACCCAGACCCUGCCCCAAUCAAGAGGCCCCAUUCUACUCACAAUCAACGCCUUCCUUAGCGUCACCCCCGAAAAGGAGCUCAUCGAGACCUUCGAUCGUGUCAGCAAGAUGCUCGCAGCGGAACUGCAGCAGACUGCGGAACAGGAGAAGCCCAAGCAGCAGCAAAAGUCCCAGGACCAAAUGCCUUCGACGAGCAACACGCUGAUGGACCUGAUCAUCACCAUUUCUGUUUACCUGCCUCGCGAGAGCUUCUCGGCACUGUUCGAGAUCGCUUCCGUCAUCAUCUUCAAGGAGAACGAGCCGCAGCUGCAAAAGAAGGCCUACAAGCUCGUGCCCCGUCUGGCCGAGUCAGAACGCGGCAGAUUGGCACUGCAGGAGCGUAGCGAAGAGUUGCAGCAGAUGUUCCUCAACAGCGCGGAGAAGGUCUCCGCCCCUGCCCGCAGAGAACGUCUGGGCGCCCUUUCAUCUCUCCUUUCCUUCAUCCCCGACACCUCCCUCCAUUUCAUUCCCUCCGUCCUCAGCGAGGUCGUCAUCUGCUGCAAGGAGAACAACGAGCGCGCCAGAGAAGCCGCCUACGAUCUCCUCGUCCUGAUGGGUCAGCGCAUGGAGGCGGCGAACAACGCACCCAUUGACAACAGCAAGGUUCCCCAUAUGCCCGACGACGCACCUGCAGGCAAGGCCAACAUCGAGGAGUUCCUCACCAUGGUCAUCGCCGGUCUCGCCGGCAGCACCGCUCACAUGAUCUCUGCAUCCAUCACCGCCGUCAGCCGUGUACUAUACGAGUUCAGACGCUCCUUCACCAACGCGACUCUCAUCGAACUCGUCGGAACCAUGGACCUCUUCCUGACCUCCAACAACCGCGAGAUCGUCAAGAGCGUCCUGGGCUUCGUCAAGAUCUGCGUCGUCAGCCUCCCCUCCGAGCUCCUCAUCCCUCGCCUUUCGACCCUCGUUCCCAACCUCAUCAAGUGGGGCCACGAGCACAAGGGCCACUUCAAGAGCAAAGUAAGGCACAUCCUCGAGAGGAUGGUCCGCAAGUUCGGCUACGAGCUCGUCAACCAGAACUGCCCCGAGGACGACCGCAAGCUCAUCAACAACAUCCGCAAGACCAAGGAGCGCAGCAAGAGGAAGAAGGACGCCGCCAGGCAGGCCGGCGAGGAGAGCGAGGACGAGGACGGCCACCAGGGCCGCAAGUUCGACAACGAGCUCGACCAGGCCCUCUACAGCAGCGACUCGGACGGCUCCGACGACGACGACGAGGACGACGAGGAGGCCGGCGCCGGCGCCAGGGGAGGCAAGCGCGGCAACCGCAAGGGCGGCAACGCCUACAUCGUCGAGGACGAGGACGAGCCGCUCGACCUCCUCGACCGCAACGCCCUCGCCAACAUCUCCUCCACCAAGCCCGUCAAGAUGCGCAAGCCCACAAAGUCCAGGGCCAAGACGGACCUCGACGGCAAGCUCAUCCUCGGCAAGGACAGCGACGACGAGAUGGAGAUCGACGGCGCGGCCGAGGGCUCCGGCGUCAACGCCUACGUCGCCGCCCUCAAGGGCAAGGACGUCGCCCGCAAGGGCCGCGGCGGCAAGCUCAAGUUCAGCAACAAGCGCGGCCAGGACGACGAGGACAUGGAGGACAUGGACGAGGCCGACGCCCACGCCGUUAAGGCGCAGGUCGACAGGAGCAGGGGCAACGGCGACCGCGGCAGGGGACCCUUCCGCGGCGGUCGCGGCGGUCCCCCGCGCGGCGGAGGACGUGGCGGAAGGGGCGGCAUCGCCGCCGGGCGCAAGGGCCUCGGCGAGGAGAGGAGACGUAGCGGUCCCAUGUCCGGCGGAGGCGUGGGCAAGGGCCGUGGAGGCGGCGGUGGUGGUUUCGGAGGUCGCAGGGGCGGUGGUGGCGGCGGCGGCGGUCGUGGAGGACGCAGGUAG